CGAUUUUGCCGUUAGUUUUGCACCAAUUCUGAUUUCCUGCUAUCUUGCGAAUACUCCUGGAGAAAAACCCUAGAACAGCAAAACCCUGGACGAGCGAACGACAGGAAAUAAUGGCGGAGACUGAAACCGAGACCGAGACGGGGAACGGAAGCUCCACUCCGGCGGCGGCAGAGGAGACAGAGGAAGAGCCGGUGAUUGGACCGGGCCCGGCCCCUCGCUCCCGGCCGAAGCGCCCUCUCCAGUUCGAGCAAGCUUAUCUCGACUCCCUUCCCUCCGCCAACAUGUAUGAGAAAAGUUAUAUGCAUCGUGAUGUGGUAACGCAUGUUGCUGUCUCCACAGCAGAUUUUUUCAUAACUGGAAGUGCCGAUGGUCAUUUGAAGUUUUGGAAGAAGAAGGCCCUUGGCAUUGAGUUUGCAAAGCAUUUUAGGUCCCAUCUUGGACCCAUUGAGGGACUCGCUGUUAGUGGUGAUGGUUUGCUUUGCUGCACGAUAUCAAAUGAUCGUUCUGUCAAAAUAUAUGACGUGGUCAACUAUGACAUGAUGGUCAUGAUACGUCUUCCGUAUAUAGCUGGUUCUAUUGAUUGGGUUUACAAGCAAGGGGAUGUCAAAGCCAAACUUGCUAUUAGUGAUCGUAACUCCUCAUUUGUGCACAUAUACGAUGCGUGGAGUGGUUCAAAUGAACCCAUCCUCUCUAGAGAGAUACAGUUGGGCUCUGUAAAAGUUAUGAAGUACAACCAUGUUUUUGAUACCGUGAUAUCUGUUGAUGCCAAGGGAAUCAUUGAGUACUGGAACCCUACUACACUUCAGUUCCCUGAGGAUGGGGUGAAAUUCAGAUUGAAAAGCGAUACUGAUCUUUUUGAAAUAGUGAAGUGCAAGACAACUGUUUCGACCAUUGAGGUGAGCCCAGAUGGUAAGCAGUUUUCUAUCACUUCACCUGAUCGUAGGAUCCGUGUUUUUUGGUUUAGAACAGGUAAACUGAGACGAGUUUAUGAUGAAUCUCUUGAGGUGGCACAAGACCUCCAGAGAAGUGAUGUUCCCCUAUACCGGCUGGAUGCUAUUGAUUUUGGGCGAAGAAUGGCUGUAGAGAAGGAAAUUGAAAAAACCGAAAAUGCACCACAGCCAAAUGCAAUUUUUGAUGAAAGCUCUAACUUUCUAUUAUAUGCAACCCUCCUUGGGAUUAAAAUUGUCAAUUUACACACAAAUAAAGUGACCCGAAUUCUUGGAAAGGUGGAGAACAAUGAUAGAUUCUUAAGAAUUGCCCUGUAUCAAGGUGACCGAAGUGGUAAAAAGAUCAGAAAAAUCCCAGCUGCUGGAGCAAAUGCCAAUGAAAGCAAAGACCCUUUGACGGAUCCCACUCUCUUAUGUUGUGCUUUCAAAAAGCAUAGGAUCUAUUUGUUCAGUCGGAGAGAACCAGAGGAACCUGAAGAUGCAACUAAGGGAAGAGAUGUGUUUAAUGAGAAGCCUCCUCCUGAUGAACUUUUGGCUGCAUCAGACAUUGGGAAAUCUGUUACGACCUCUCUUCCGGAGAAUGUGCUUGUGCACACUACACUGGGGGACAUUCAUAUGAAGCUCUACCCUGAAGAAUGUCCAAAAACAGUGGAGAACUUUACUACUCACUGCAGAAACGGCUACUAUGAUAAUCUGAUUUUCCACCGGGUCAUCAAAGGCUUUAUGAUACAGACAGGAGAUCCUUUGGGAGAUGGCACUGGUGGGCAAUCUAUCUGGGGUAGGGAGUUCGAAGAUGAGUUUCACAAAAGCUUACGUCACGAUCGGCCUUUCACCGUAUCUAUGGCGAAUGCGGGGGCCAACUCCAAUGGUUCUCAGUUUUUUAUCACUACGGUGGCCACCCCAUGGCUGGACAAUAAGCACACCGUUUUUGGUAGAGUUAUAAAGGGGAUGGACGUUGUACAGGCUAUAGAGAAAGUGAAGACAGACAAGGCAGAUAAACCAUACCAAGAUGUAAAAAUCCUAAAUGUGACUGUUCCCAAGUUAUGAAGGCUCUCUCUUGUAAUGUUGAUUUGUUUAGAUGACAUUGGUGACACAUACUGGCAGUCAGUGGUGACGAAGUCACAAAAGGUUCGACAUGUGGCUUCCUAAUCUCUGUGUCUUUCUAGUUCCUUUUGAAAGGGGUUAUAAAAUUUGAAUACAGGGAAAGAGAAGUGAUUCCUUCAAGAAAAAUUCAGAGAAAACAGGAUUACAUUAUGUGACGAGAUCUGCAAGGAAACACGAAAUGUCUUUGUGCAUUGAGAAGCCCGGCCUCUGCAGGAAACGAGUAUUCUGUGCUUUGGGCUCGUAAUUUCUGUUAGCUUAUGUUUAUCCGUACAUUUCAUUUUAGCUAUAACCUUCAGUAACACUUAGACAAGCUCUUCUUUUAGUUUCUUGACACUGGAUUGUCAUAUGAUCUAGUUUUUUCGUUCUUAUUCCUUGUUAUUUAGGUUAGUAUGUUAAUUGGUUUA